AUGGCGAAGGGAUUGCUGGUAGAUCAGGAAAAAGACAUUCCAAGAGCCAAUGCCUGGGAACCAAAGAUAGCUAAUGAAUAUUACUUGCUUCGGGAGUCUGGAGUCGCACGUCUGGAUGAGAUGGCCGGACUGGCAAAGUCGAUGUCGAAUGAUCGUCAGCUCGAUGCUUGUGGUGUUUGCUUGCGGGAAGACACUGAUGUUGCUUCUGUCUUCACACUGGAUUCAAAGGAUCUUCUGCAGGCAGCAGUGAUGAUACUUCUCCAGCAGCUUGAGAUGUCUCCCAUACGUUGUCCUCACCUCGACUCCUGUGUACCUGGUAGCUUGGAGGAUCCAAAAAGCAUUACGCAUCAUAAACUGAUACAUGCUACUUCAGAGAAGGUGCUGACCGAUACAAAAACAGUCUUGGAGGAAAACAUUCAAGAUAAAGAUGUUUUGCUAUUAAUAAAGAAGCGUGCACCCCCUCCACUUCCCAAAAUGGCAGAUGUAUCAGCAGAGGAGAAAAGGAAACAGGAACAGAAAGCUCCCGAUAAGGACGCUAUUCUCAAAGCAACAGCAAAUCUGCCUUCUCGCAGCGUGGAUCGCACGGUGGCCCACCACAACAUGAGGGAUUUCCAGACAGAGCUCCGGAAAAUCUUGGUUUCACUGAUAGAAGUUGCACAAAAAUUGCUAGCACUGAACCCAGAUGCAGUUGAGCUAUUUAAGAAGGCAAAUGCCAUGUUGGAUGAGGAUGAGGAAGACCGAGUGGAUGAAAUAGCCCUGCGACAGCUCACAGAAAUGGGGUUUCCCGAGACUCGAGCCGUCAAAGCCCUUCGUCUAAAUCAUAUGUCAGUAACACAGGCAAUGGAGUGGCUGAUCGAACACGCAGAGGACCCCAUGGUUGAUGCACCACUUCCCGGUCAGACCUCCUCAGAAGCUGCAGCUGCAGCUGAAGCAGGCGCUUCGUCUGCCGAAGCAAGUGCUGGGCCUAGUUCAGAAACCGGUGGUGAAGAGGCCAAGGAUGAGCUGACAGAAAUAUUCAAGAAGAUCCGCAGGAAAAGAGAAUUUCGUCCUGACCCACGAGCCGUCAUUGCCCUGAUGGAGAUGGGAUUUGAUGAAAAAGAGGUGAUAGACGCACUCAGAGUAAACAACAACCAGCAAAAUGCAGCUUGUGAAUGGCUGCUGGGAGACAGAAAGCCCUCUCCAGAGGAUUUAGAUAAGGGAAUCGACACCAACAGCCCUCUCUUCCAAGCCAUCCUAGAAAACCCAGUGGUACAGUUAGGACUAACAAACCCUAAAACGCUAUUAGCCUUUGAAGACAUGCUUGAAAACCCCUUAAACAGCACUCAGUGGAUGAAUGAUCCAGAAACUGGGCCUGUCAUGCUACAGAUCUCUCGAAUCUUCCAGACGCUGAACCCUGUGUUAGGUUGA